UCAAGCCAACCAGAGCUAAGCAUGCUUCUCCUUCUUCUCUAAAUUCAAAGUGAUGUCCACCAUGAACGGCCUCAUGAAAUGCCAUGAGCAAACCUCCCAUUUCGUAGUAGUUCCCUUAAUGGCGCAAGGCCAUAUGAUCCCCAUGGCCGACCUCGCGCUUCUCCUCGCCCACCGCGGCGCACGCGUUAGUCUCAUCACCACACCAGUUAACGCCUGCCGUCUUCGCGCAGCCGCAGACCACGCAGCAUUCACCGGUCUUCUCCUCCGCCUCGUGGAGCUUCCCUUCCCCUGCAAGGCGGCCGGCCUCCCUGAUGGAUGCGAGAACAUCGACCUCAUCCAAAAACCAGACCUUUUCGGCCCCUUCUUCAAAUCCCUCCACCUCAUGGCCGGCCCGCUGAAAAACUACCUCCGCGCGCAACCAAAGUCGCCGACUUGCAUCAUCUCCGACCAGUGCAUGCCUUGGACGAUGGAGGUUUCCAAGGAUCUCAACAUUCCCCGCUUCGUCUUUCACGGCCCGUCCUGUUUCUUCCACCUUUGCACCCUCAAGCUCGUCCAGCACAAGCUCUACGAGAACGUAAAAGAUGACCGGGAAAGCUUCACGGUGCCGGAGCUGCCUCAGAGAAUCGAAGUGAACAAGCUGACGGCGCAGCGUUUCUUCGACUGGCCACAAAUGGAGGAUCUUUUGCGGCGGGUGGAAGAAGCGGACGAUACUUCCGAUGGCUUUGUGCUCAACAGUUUUCAGGAGCUGGAGCCGUGGUACAUCGAUGAGUACCGCCGGUCGGUGGGCAAGGAGGUUUGGCCCGUCGGACCGGUGUCGCUCCUGCACAAGGAGACGGGGAGCAAGGCUGUGAGAGGUAAUGGCAGCACAGGGAUAGAUCAAGUUAGCGUUUUGCAAUGGCUGGAAGGAAGGGAGAGGGGCUCUGUUAUUUUUAUUAGCUUUGGAAGCAUUGCGAAAACCCGGCUGUUGCAGCUGGUGGAAAUUGGAUUUGGGCUGGAGGCGACGGGUCUUGCGUUUGUGUGGGCGGUGAAGGAGGCGGAGGAGAACGAGGAGGUGAAGAGAUGGGUUGGGGAAUUUGAAAAGAGGAAUUGGAACAGGGGGCUUAUUAUAAAGGGAUGGGUGCCGCAGGUGCUGAUCCUGACACAUCCGGCUGUUGGAGCGUUUAUGACGCACUGUGGCUGGAACUCGGCUCUAGAAGCUGUUGCAGCGGGCGUGCCCAUGGUUACAUGGCCGCACUUUUCAGACCAGUUUCUGAACGAGAAGUUGGUGGUGGAGGUGCUGAGAACGGGGGUUGGGGUUGGGGUAAAGAUGCCAGCUUUUCAUCUGACGGAGGUAGAACAGGCGGUGGUGGGGAGGGAGAAGGUGGAGAUGGUGGUGAGGAGAGUUAUGUGUGGAGGGGAAGAGGGGGAGGAGAUGAGGAAGAGGGCAUGGGAGCUUGGUGAGAAGGCGAGGAAGGCGAUGGAGGAUGGUGGGUCGUCCUAUGAGAAUUUGAGCAGUUUGAUCGGUUAUGCCACGGGUCUUGCUGCCAAUCGUGGUGUUGAGUUGCAGUAAGAAAAAAUUGAACUUUUCUGAGUGGAGUUCUGUUUGGGAGGUUGUAUGCUGGCUGAUCUUGUGUUUGUGUUCUGCAUUUGGUUCAGGGAUCAAUCUUUACAGUAUGUUUUUUGUUAUUUUAAAUGGAUUCUUUUGUGUUCUUUACAAGUUUGGAGGACACUUU